CAAGUUUUUGAUUACGCAGAACACUGCUUAGGCGCAUGCCCGCGAGCUACGUCGUCCCAGGAGCUAAUCCGCAGCAUCACUCCCAGCAGCACGACGAAGGCUAGCCAUCGCAUCCAAACGGGCAAGUCUCAACACAUCAUCCAACCAUGCGUCUAUCAAGAACAGCAGGCCUCAUGGCCUUCUGCGCCUCGGCGCAAGCGUUCACCGACUCGUCACCUUUUGUGAUGCUGUCAACCGCGAACUUCGCGCAGUCGGACCCAGCCCAGCUCCAGACCGAAUCUCAAGUCGUCAAAUCCGUCCAGGAACUUCUCUCCUCGUGUCCCACGGACCGCUACCUCCUCGUCGCCCAGCCCAACGUCAACGCCGCAGACAUCCGUGGCCCGGACGGCGGCGACUGCAAGGCCCCGAACCUGUGCCGCGCGAUCGCUAGCAGCGACGUCCACGGUGUCUACAGUGUCGCUGAGGUCGUUGGAGAAGUAUCUAUCGGUGCGUUGACCGACUACAUCAAGACUGCGUGCGCGGGCAAGACGGUCGAGAUCGAGCAGACCCGACUAGCCCCCCUCGGACAUGACACUCGCGAGAGGGCCAGCACGCUCGCCGACAACGACUACGUCCUGGGACGCAAUCUUGAGAAGAUACGUAGCGAUUCGGACUCGUACACCGUCAUCUAUCUUGCUAGCCCAUCCGAGCCUACCUACCAGGCCGAGUUCACUGGCGAGCCUCUGCACGCCGAGCUCAAGCGCCAUGAGGCGAGCAUGCUGCAUGCCAGGAAGGAUAAGAACCAGACCGAGUGGAAUAAGCUUCCCCUCUUUGAGAAAUACGUCUUCUUCUCUCCAGGCAUUUUCCACGCCAUCGUUGCCUCCAUUAUCCUCUUCAGCAUCCUUGGUGUCGCCAUCAGGGCCCUUGCAAGCCUUGAGAUUCCCUAUGGGGCUUUCGAAAAGGAGAACGGCCCCGCCGCUCAUAAGAAGGGCCAGUAGAUGUAUACCGUAUACGCCCACAGGAGCAUUCAACGAAUGCUUCCACGGCGACCCGUGUAUUUCAACUUGGGAAAAUCGUCAGGAGUUACUGGCUGGCUUUGACAUGUUUCGAGCAAAGGAGGUGAGGACAGCAUGGCAUGAAGGGCGGAUUGCGAAAGUGCGGUUUGAAGAGACCCGAUGCAGUGUUUUCGCAAAUCGCAUGAAUGUGUAUUUCUAUAACAAAUGGACU